CUUCUGGCAAGUACCAGAGCUUCUACCUGGAAGUCAUUUCCGUCUUAUUUGGUGAUAAGAAACAGCUGCAUACACUGGAGAAGUUGAAAAGACAGAACGACGUUUAAGGAACAUCAUGGAGGAACAAACUGCAGACAUAGAGGUGACAGUCAAAACAUUAGACUCCCAGAGCAGGACCUACACUGUUGGCGCUCAGUUGACAGUGAAGGAGUUCAAGGAGCACAUUGCCCCUUCAGUGGGUAUCCCUGUGGACAAACAGAGGCUGAUCUACCAGGGCAGAGUGCUACAGGAUGAAAGGACUCUGACAGACUACAAUGUGGGUGGUAAGGUGAUACACCUUGUUGAACGGGCGCCCCCUCCACCCUCUCAGCCUAGCUCAGGGUCAGGAGGCAGUUCAACUGACAGUGGGCCCUCCUCGUCCUCCCAAGGAACAUCCCAAGUGCCUCCACAUGACCGCAAUGCCAACAGCUACGUAAUGCUUGGUACCUUCAACCUCCCUGUCAACAUUAUGGACCCCCAGCAGAUACAGACAUCAGUUCAGCAGAUUGUGGGAGAGAAUGCCAGGAAUGCCAGAGUCACAACCAGCACUGGGAGCAAUGGGUCCGUGAAUGUGCACAUUGAUAUGGACCAGCCAGUGCAGAGUGAGCCAAGGCUUAGGCUGGUGCUAGCUGAAAACCUGCUGAGGGAUAUCAAUGAUGUCAUCCAGCGAAUGGAGGGUCGACCGAGUGACUCAUCCUCCCAAACGGAAACUACGUCUGCUGCUGCCCCCCCUCCUCCCUCAUCUUCCUCUACCACCUCCACUCCCUCUCCUUCUUCUCAGCCCAUGGACACCUCCCCACCUCCAACAACUCCUCCGCCUCCACCCACCUCUUCAGCACAACCCGAGGGACCAACACCCCAACCUGGACCCAAUCAUCCCAGCCCAGCCGAGCUGGCGGAGAUGCUGUCUGAGCUACGGAGGGUGGAGGAGAGACUGCAGCCCUUCAUCCAGAGAGCUCACACCAUCCUGGAGGCAGCCACCACCGCAGAAUACAACAAUAAUACAGAGAGAGAGGAGGACCAGCGGACUCUGAUCGUGACAAUGGAGUGUCUCCGUUUCCUUGGUAACGCGCUUGUGGCCCUGAGUGACCUACGAUUGAACCUAAUGAGCCCUGUACCCCGCCACCUACAUGUGGUGCGGCCUUUUUCCCACUAUGCCACCCCGGUCACUCUGCCCGGAGCCGUACAUCACCACAUCCCAGUGCAAAUGAACCUGGGUGCCACAGUGACUGUUGCAGCUAACAGCACUGACGGACAAGCCCCGCCUUCUCAGUCGGCCAGCCAGGCGGAGCAGGCAGGUCAGGGACAGACCUCCCCCCCACAGACUUCCCCGUCCAAUCAGCAGGCUGGUCAGGGACAGGCUGGCCCCCGGGUCAUCAGGAUCAGCCACCAGGCAGUCCCGGUGGUCAUGAUGCAGAUGAACACGGACGGUCCAGGUGUAAACCCUAAUGCAGCCGGUCAGCAAAUGCCUGGACAACCAGGUGGCCUCCCCCCUGACUUUAUGCGAAAUCUCAUGCAACAGAUCAGCCAGUACGCUGCUGCUGUAGCUACUAGUGCUGCCACGGCCGCCACUGGCCAGCCAGUCCCACCUCAGCCCACCCCUCCCGGCUACAGCUCCACAGCCAACUCCUCAGCUACCACCACGGGUCCUAACACACCCACCACCACCCCUACUGCUCCUCCACCACCUCCUCACACUGGACCCCAGGCUAGGGUUGUGUUCACCCGACCCCCCUUUGCACCCAACAUGCCUCCUCCAGCUUUCGGCACCCGGGGAACCACCAUCAACGUGAGGGCUGCCAUGCCAGGCCAGCAGCCAGGACAGCCUUUCAACCCUGCUGCUCUCAACCAGAUGAUUAGUGGACUAGUUGGACAGCUUUUGCUGCCAGGACAAAUGGCUGGUCAAACAGUCACAUCAUCCUCCUCUUCGUCCACAUCCUCAUCCUCCUCUUCCUCCUUUUCCUCCUCCUCUCAAACUUCCUCAUCCUCAUCCUCCUCCUCCUUUACCUUCUCCGCCUCGGGUCCAACACCUCCACCUACUGCAAACACUACUAGUCCACCGAACCAACCUGAGACCAACCCCAGUGAGCCCCAGUCUCAGGAGAUGCCCCCAGACCUCAGUCAGCUCCUCAGUUCUCUUCUGGGGGCAACCGGUGUGGCUGGUGCAGGCCCUGGAGGAGCCCCUUCUAUCACUGUCACCACGUCUGGUGUCCCAGCUUUCAUCCAGGGAGUGGGUGAAUUUAUGCAGCAGGCCCAGCCCAUCUUUUCUCCACCCCCACCUCCCUCUGGUACUGCUCCAGCUCCCGGCACAGGACCCAACCCAGUGCCCAACCCCCCUGCAGCUGCUGAAGCCCUCAACCCGGAGUUGUUCACAGGCAUUGUCCGUGGUGUUCUGAGUACCAUGAUGGGCUCUCUGGGCCAGGCCCAGAAUGACACAGAGAGCAUUGCUCAGUUCAUGCAGAGGCUGUCCCAGGCAACCAACAUCUUUAUCAGUCCUGAGGAUCCUACCGGGUUUUUUGGGGAGCUGCUGAUGUUGGUGUGCCAGACAUUCACCAUGUCAGACCUUGUGAUGCUGCUUCAUGGCCAGCACCAGCCCCUGGCUCGCAUCCAGCCUCAACUGUCCCAGUUCUUCACCCAGAACUACCUCAGUGGCAGAGAGCCCACCGACCAGAAUAUUGCUGAGGCUGCCGACAGUCUUGUCAACGAACUGGAGGAGUACAUCACUGAGAGUUUUAGAGAGUCUUCAGUCACUGUGUUAGAGGGCGUUGAUAUUACUCAGACCAACAUGUCUUUCUUCAGACAGCAGCUGACUCACAUCGCCACACACAUUCUGCGCUGCACUGAUGACUCAUUUGGGCUCCGACUGCUACAGAUGUGUAACCAGGCCCUGUUUGAGUGUCUUGCCCUGAACCUGCACUGCCUGAGAGGAGACCAGAGAGCUCUUACUGCAGUCAUCAACCACCGAAUACGAAGGAUGUCCAGUGACAUCAGCCCGAGCCUUGUCAACUGGAUGAGCAGCAUGAUGACGAUGAGGCUGCAGGUCAUUCUGGAGCACAUCCCCGUCACACAGGAGCAGAUCCAGAACUACAUAGUUUACACACAGAGAGAUCAGUCUUCUGCAACUGGCACACAAGAGGCCGAACGAGCACAAAGUGCAACGAUCGGGGACACACACUCACCAGCUGCGGCAACCACAGCAGAGGAGGCCAUGUCGGUGUCACACGACACGAGGGCAUCGUCACGGGACACAAGAGUGUUGCCUGGGGACCUGGGAGCCUCAGGAGGAGCUGCACCAUUAGGUGGCGACAUGGCAGUAGCGGGAGCUGAAGGAGGGAGUGAGGAGUCCUCUGGAGAGUCAGAGGCCUGGGCAGCGGCUGUCCCCCCUGAGUGGGUGCCCAUCAUCAGGUGUGAUAUGAUCACACAGAGGAAGAUGAAGGCUCAGCCUCCGUUGUCUGAUGCCUAUUUGCAUGGCAUGCCAGCUAAACGCAGAAAGACAGGACAGGGUGGUGGAAGCCUCCUCUCCCUCUCUGAUGCAGUGAGUCAAGCUGCCAGGACGGCUGGAGUGAAGCCCAUCACUUCUGCUGAGCGGUUGCAGGACGAUCUGGAAACCCAGGAGCUCAAGGAAGCAUAUGCAGAACAGGUUAAAACUGACAUCAAGAAACGAGUGAGGGAAGACCCGGAUUUCAGCUCUCAGCAGUUCCCCAAUGCGCACAGAGCCUUCUCAUCAGACUCAUAAUCAACUUCAACUGAGAAGCACUCCAGCUGUUUUCAGAUUCAUCUAUAUUAUUUUUUGGAUCUUCAUUUAACUACCACUCAUUGCAGUCUCUCCCCACCCCACCAGUCUGUAUACCUUUUUUAAGCAGUUAGCCGCUCUCAACUAAUUGCCUAAUGCUAAUGUGACUACUUCCCCAGUGCCUAUUUAUUGCUUUGUGUUUAUUUUGGUCCAACUUUUGCUGAGAGAAUGUUCCUGAUCAAAAAGGUAUUAUAUUAGAUUGAAGUUUUACUAAAUCAGGUGACUUUAAUUCUGUUUGGUUACAUGUGUCCGUCUAUUUCUUUUGCCCUCUUAUCCUCGUGUUGCUUUGUUAAUAUGGAGCCUGAGUUCUCAUUAUUUAGUGGAUUUUGGCCUUCCUCUCAAUACUCUAAAGUGCAAGAGUAUACUUUCAUGUGAUGAACAUGCUGUACAGUACAUGAAUGUACAGUAAGCUUAAUAAAAAUCUU